AUGCGAAUGGGUAUGAGAUUACGCGCCGCUUCCUCUACUCUUAUUUAUAAGAAGUCGCUUAAACUGAGCCGGGCAUCCCUGGCCAAAACCACAGUGGGCCACAUUGUGAACCUAAUGUCUAAUGAUGUCAGUCGAUUUGAUGAGUUUUCAAAAAAUGUCAGCUAUUUACUCUUAGCGCCCAUACAGACAGGAAUCGCCGUAUAUAUCAUAUAUACGGAGCUCAGUUACUAUUGCUUCGUAGGUUUGGCCCUUUUAUUGCUGUUUAUACUGUUUCAGGCAUUUAUGGGCAAACUUUUCUCGAAAGUCAGGAAUGAGGUCCGUGGCAUACAAAGGGCCCAUUUUCUAAAUGCUAUCAAUUUGUCGGUAUACUUGGCGGCCCCCCGUAUAAUACUGUUCGCGUGUUUUAUGGCAUACGUGUUAAACGGGAACCUAUUGACCGCAAAAGCGGUGUUCAUCACAAUGGCUCUGUUCAACACUCUUAGGACUACUUUGAUGAUACUGUUUCCCUACGCCAUCGCCCAAUGGGCUGAACUGACGGUGUCGUGCUCUCGCAUCCAGACAUUCUUGGAAUUGGGGGAAAUAGAGCCUAAAACAUAUAACACUAAAGGUUUUGGUGAUUUAGCUGCCUUUUCCAAAACAAAUACCAAACCAAAAGUUAUUGUCAAUAAUAUAUCCGCCAAAUGGAGUGAAGGCAGUCCUUAUGCAACCAUUCAAAACAUUUCAUUCAAUAUAAAACCUGGGGAUCUAUUAGCGGUGAUUGGACCGGUAGGUUCGGGAAAGAGUUCACUAAUCAUGUCUUUACUUAAUGAGCUACCGGUGCUCGAGGGAAGUAUACAAACAGUGGGCACCAUUAGCUAUGCCUCUCAGGAGGCCUGGAGUUUAAAUAAUAGCGUCAGAAAUAACAUACUGUUUGGAAGUGAAUACGAUGAGCACCGGUAUAGACGGGUAGUCCAUGUUUGUGCUCUGGAAAGGGAUCUCCAGAUAUUCCCCUUCGGAGACAAGACAUUAGUCGGAGAGAAAGGGGUUUCAUUAUCGGGUGGACAGAAGGCUAGGAUCACUUUGGCCCGGUAUGGCAUUUACGGCACCGGUAGUCUAUACGACAAUCCUAUUGACUAA